AAUGUAUUGAAAAAAUCAUUAGAAUGCAAAUAAAAGACGAAAUAUAUAAAACUUGGUUAGUAUUUGCACUAUAUUAUACUCCAUAUGAAUUUAACUAGAUAAAAUUAGCGUGGACAAAUUUGAUCAUAUCCUUAAUUACCAUUCAAGUUGGCCUAGUCUUUUGUACAGUCCAGUGAUCUUUAAUUUGAUGUUAGUGUGAAAUAGUAUAGAAUCAUAAUUAACAUGUAAUUAAUUUUAGGUUUAUUUUUAAAAAACCACCCAAAAAUGUGUUGAAUUUCUAACUAACCACCAAAAAAAAAAUUUAUUUUAAAAUACCACCCAUUAAAUUAAUUUUUUGCUCAGAUUCCCACCCAAUUUGAAAAUCCGGUGGUUUUUUAGCUUGUGGGGCCUACAUAACGGCUAGUUUAUGCUUUUAUUUGUUUUCUUCCCCCGAUUUUUCCUAUAAAAGUGUAUUCCUUUUUUAUUUUUGCUCCUAAACAAAAUAUUUCCCCAAAUUACACAAAAUUAAGCUUGCUUCUAAUUGCAUUUGCAUCUGCAGCAACGACAUCACUUGAAUUCGCACAAGGUAAUCUUAAUUAUUUGGAAAAAUUAGGGUUCUUGCAAAAUGUUAAUUGGGGGAAUUUGUGGGAUUCAUUAAUUAGGGUUUUUUCAUAUACACGAUUUAAUUGAGAUAUUUUGUCAAUUAUGGUAUGUGGUAGUACUGAAUUGUGGUUUUUCCUUUCAAUUACAGUUAAGUUUGCUUUAUUUGUAACCUUGUUCUUUGUGUUUGUUUGUUGUUGUAAUUGUUGUGGUAGAAAUGGAGGAGAAUAAGAUUGUUCUCAGAUUUAAAUAUUUAAGUGUAACUAUAGACAUUGAAUAUGAAGUAGGCAGAAGUAACUUGUUGGAUACAGCUAUAGAAUUUGAUGAUCAACUUCGUGAGAUGGAUGAUCCAUUAGAAGGAUCAGUUGAACUGUUGCACCCUACAUUCCAGUAUGUGUAUAAAGGGAAGUUUAGGAAUUUAGAAGAUGAUGGGGAUGUGUUCAAGAUGAUUAGGAGGUUACCUAAUAAGGAGGUGUACACCAUACAUGUUGGGACCACAGAUGAUCCUGGGUUUUUGGCUGACUGUAUGUUGGAGUACAGGAUGAAACAGAAUGGUACAUGGCCCCCCCUGGUUACCCUCAUUAUGGAGCGCAACCACCACAGGAUGAAGAUGUCAUGGAAUAACUCAUCUCCCACAAACCAGAGGAAAUGCAAUUGUGGAUUACCUUUAGCAAAAUUGACUUCUUGGACAAAUGAGAACCCUGGGAGGAAAUUUUUGGCUUGCAAGUUAUAUGACCCUAAUACUGAAACAAGGGGGUGCAAGGCUUUUGAAUGGGUGGACAAUGAAGAUGGUACUGAUUGGCAAAGAGUUGUCAUUAACCAACUGCUCCUUGACAAAAAGUUGAUGAAAGGUGAAAUCAACUCUUUGAAAAGGGAUGUGGAUGACUUGACUGGCCAGAGAAGGUGUUUUCUUAAUGAGGUUGACACCUUACAACUGAAAUGCAAGGCCCUCACUGGUGAUAGGAAGAAAUUGAUCAGAAGCAGUGGUUGUGACAACAAGCUCCAAGUUUAUUUAGUUGUGUUGUGUUCUGUUUUGUUGGUUGUCCUAGGUUAUCUUGUAAUGAAUAAAAUGGUUUAAGUGGGAGGUGGUGUUAAAGCAAAAGUAUUUGUAAUGGUACUAUUAUGCUAUCAAUGAAAAAAACUUGU